AUGGGCGCGUCCACGACCACGACCUCAUUUUCUGCGGGGCGUCUGCGACGGAGUUCCGCGAGGUCGCCAGCAAGUGGCAACCUUGCUGUGGCAGAGGGCAGAGACGACACGUGGGCGCUGGCAAAGCGACAACUCUGGGCCGGCGUCCGGAACCGCGUCCGAGCCGAUGUGGUCUCACUCACGGCCGCUGGCAGUGCCGGCCUGCGCAACAGACAGUGGCAGUCAUCCCUGCAGCUUCUUGGAGAGCUUCGCUCUUCGUCACUUCGCGCAGAUUCCCAUUCCAAGAAUGUCGCGCUGAGCAGCAUGCUGUAUCGGAGGAGAGGCUGGAUAUACUCUGUGCAGCUGCUGGAAGAUGGCAUGGUUGCAGAUGUGGUCGCUUACACCACAGUAAUGCGUGCUCGAGCUUCGGCAAGCCUGUGGUAUCAAGCCGUGGGCACACUCACCCAGAUGGGGGAACGUAAGCUCAACAUCAACAACAUGGCGUUCACGAUCGGCCUCUCCGCCUGCGAGGAGGGCCGACAUUGGGAGGUCGCAAUGAACCUAUUGGAGCGCGCGGUCUCCGCAAAGGUGGAGGCUGAUGUUCGCACCCUCACGGCCGCGCUGAGCAAUUUCAACUGGGAGGUGACUUCCUGGAUACGUGCCUUAUCCCUUUACCAUCAGAGUAUUUCCACUGCUCUCGAAGCCGAUGUGGUGUUGUGCUGUGCGGCUAUGAGUACAUGUCGGGAUCCUUGGCACUGGAGCUUGCAGUGCUUCGGGCUGCUGCGGCAGCAGCGCCUGCAGACUAAUGCCGUCGCAUCCGCCACAGCUACGAAGGCAUUCGAACUCAGUACUCACUGGGCUCCCGCUUUAGCGCUGCUUGCAUCGCUCGCAAGAGACGGCUGUCAGCCCUGUGCCUUGGAGAAUCCAAUCUGCUCGAGCGCCCGCAGAGCCACUGCCACGGCCGGGUGUGAAGGUGCUGCAACAGGCCUUGCCGCCUGCAGUGCUUGUGGCCAAGUCUCCUCUUGGGAACACAGCCUUCGGAUUGCUCUCUCUGGAGCUCCGGCGCGGGUGGCUUCCUGUGCCCGAGGAACUGCCUGGUGCUUGGCUUUGUUCGUGGCGGCAGUCCCGGAACGUCGGCGCGAGGUGGCACGAGUCAGCCUCAAUACUGCGAUGAGCGCUUUGGGAAGGAUUGAGCUCUGGCAGACCGUCGCGGGGAUGCUGUCCCAGAUGUCGCGCAGGCAGAUCGUCCCCGACAUCAUCUCGCACAACUCCGUCAUCUCCGCCAUGCUGCAUGCUUGGGAAGACGCUUUGGUGAUCCUUCGGCUUCUAGGUGGCUGUGAAGGCUUGGUGAGCUUCAAUGCAACCUUGCGAAGCAUGGCAACUGCAGCCCAGUGGCCGCUUGCUUUGCAGCUGGUGCUAACGAUGAGGCGGCGAGCAAGGGCAAUCGCAGGCAUCACCUGGAACUCGGUCUUGUCAGCUUGCGAGAACGAUGGACAAUGGCCCGUUGCACUACUGCUUCUGCACGAGAUGCCCGAGCUCAGAGUGCUGCUUGAUCUCUUUGGCCGCAACAGUGCGAUCAGUGCUUCUGAGAAAGGCUCACAAUGGGCAGUCGCUUUGCAUCUUUUGCAAGCUUCUGACCACGGGGUUGAGGCUGAUGUCCUCAGCUUUGGUUCUGUGGUGGCGGGGUGUAGGACACCCGAUCUGUGGCACGUUGCCGCCACUACAUGUCACCAGAUGCGAGCAGUACAGGUGCGAACUGAUGUAGUGGCUUGCAGUGCUGCUCUGAGUGCAUUGGGAAAUGCCGCAAAGUGGAGGCAAGCUGCGCAGGUCUGUGCAAACAGCGAAGCUAUGCAAGAGCAGGACUUACCCUACAAUGCAGCAGUGUGGGCCUUUGCGCAGGGCGAAAGGCGUGCACAGCAGCUUUCGCAGCAGGAAGAACGAUGA